AUGCCUUGCGGCAUUGUACUCGCUUUUCGCCAUCGACCCUCUCCCAUCCACGAGUCUUCCAGCAACCUUGUACUUUCUGCCCAUGACCACCUGCUUUCCUGCCUCCCUUCCUCCCUCCCUCCCUCCCACCGCCCCUUUCUCCGGCACAACGCCUGCUACCGCCUCGACCAGGAAUUCCAUCCCCUCUGGUCCUCCUCCUCGCAUUCUUCCUCCUGCACGCGCCCCCCACUGCCCAGCAGCUUGGCUGACAAGGAAGGCAACGUCUGGCUUUACGCCAUGACCUCUCAGAAAGAUGCGCCGGUCCUUCUCAAGGCUUUACUCAGGGAACUUGGAAGCGCCAGUAGAGCUUUGCUGAAGCCCCCAUCGAAAGCUGGCAGUGGAAGGGAGGGAGGGAGGGAACGAUCGGAUUCGGUCUUCUCUCUCCUGUCAACGACCUCCUCAGUGGCCUCCUUCGCCUCCUACUCCUCGUCAGAUGUUUCUGAGGAAGGCCAGGGAGGGAAGGAGGAAGGGAGGGAGGAAGGGAAGGAGGAAGGGAAGGAGGAGGUAGGCGGGGACGGGAGCGGGGAACAAGACGAAAGGGGAGGAAAGGAGACACAGAGAGCAGAGGCGACAGAGGUGGGCGAUGGGGGGAAGGUAAAACCCAAAACAUCUUAUGCCGUGCGGUUCGAAGAGCACUGGACGUCUUCACUCUCCGCUUCCCCGCCCACGGCCUCCCGUGACGACCACUCUGGGCCCAAGCACCGUCAAGACAACGUCCGCGGGGGCUUCACAGUCCUCUCCCUGGUCCCCACUCCUGGCAAGGUGGGCGGGAGGGAGGGGGCGGCCGGGAGGGAGGCAGAGGAGGAGGUAGUGGCGGAGCUCGAAAAGUACCUGUCCCAGACGACAGCCCCCUCCUCCCUUGAUACCUUCCCGGCUUUGUGCUCCUCGUCAUCUGCUCGUUCUCAGAGCCACCAACGGGUGCUGAAAGCAAGUCUUUGCGUAGUCAAUCCUCCCACCCCACUACUGGCCCAUGCCCUGAGCGCGUUCGAGAAGGUGGUGGUGGAAUGGGAGAGCAACGCCGUCCUCUUUCCGCACCUCUCUCUCCCGGCCUUGGAGGUUCUCCUGGUUCGUUUUCUUCUCCUCCCCUCCUCCUCCUCUCCGCUUCCCCCCGCCUUCGAAAUCCGGCGCAUCAACAAUCUGGGACGUGGUGGUGUGAUAGAAGGGCAGCGUCACCAGCCCCUGCGUCUCUCCCCCACAGCAAACCACUCCAAGAAAGAAGAAGAAUGGACAGGACUGGACAGAAAGUUCUGUAACACCCAAACGGAGCAAAAUGUCAUGGAGGAGUUGACGCAGUGCGGGAGCGCGCCGGACGGAAGGGGGAACAACUACCUCCACCACCAUCUACGCCAUGUGUCCUCGCGUGACAUCAAACGGCUCGUGCGGGGAAGAGCUUGGCAUUUCAAAGGAUGAAGGUGAAUAAUGUGGGCAUGUGUCGUGAAAGUGCGCUCCAGUCCGCUUGAUCCUGUGUGAGCGCGAGAGGGAGGAGAGCCAUUUACUUCCACUCUGUCCGUGGGAGGCAAAGGGAGAAAAAGGUGGUUUGCACGGCUGCAUCGUACAAAAGUGCAGAUCAGAUCAUUGUCAUAACGGGUGUGUAGGGUCAAGAGAGACGUCGCAGUGCAAUAUAGGUCUGCAACUCAUCAGGCAAUGAUGAUAAAAAUCUCACGACUUUGGAUGAUUUUUAAUCAACAAUACAAAAUGAGAUUGGGUGAACUAGUUACGUGUAAUCAGGCAUCAUACUUUUUAUUUUGCCGAGUCGAUUUUGAGCUUAAUAUUUCGUACACUGUCCUUUAUGCGAUUUGAAGACGGAUGGAGGAGUGCAGGCAAAGAAAACGAUUGGAAAUAG